AUGUCAUUCCGUGGAGCACCAAGAGGUCGUGGGACAGGCGCAAACUUCGGAGGCGGCGGCAGUAGAGGAGGUGGAUAUGGAGGCGGAUUUGGCGGCCGUGGAGGCAAGCAGACCCUUCGCACAGCGCAAUGCAAUGCGUCGUUAUCGAUCCCUGGUCGAGACAAUGGACCUCCUGCCGAUGUUCUUGAAAUGGGAUCUUUUCUCCACGCCUGCGAAGGAGAGAUUGUGUGCGAGUCGAUCAACACUAAAAUCCCCUACUUCAAUGCUCCGAUAUAUCUCGAGAAUAAGACCUCAAUUGGCAAAGUCGACGAGAUCCUAGGCCCGAUUAAUCAGGUCUACUUCACCAUCAAGCCCACCGAAGGCAUUCAGGCGACUUCAUUCAAGUCCGGAGACAAAUUCUACAUCGGUGGAGAUAAACUUUUGCCAUUAGAGAAGUUCUUGCCCAAACCGAAGCCUCCUGGAGGAGCUGUGAAGCCAAAACGAGCUGGCGGUGCACGAGGUGGCAGAGGAGCCCCCAUGAGAGGUGGACGGGGAGGAGGACGAGGUGCCCCAAGAGGACGAGGUGGCUUCAGCGCGGGUGGGAGAGGAGGCCGCGGAGGCGGUGGAUUCUCCAGAGGGGGAAGUGGUGGCUUUACUCCAAGGGGAAGAGGUGGUGCGAGAGGUGGAUUUUCCCGUGGUCGUGGCUGA